CCUUAAGCUCUCUCUCAGAAGCUACCACACACACACGCGCGCGCGCACGCACGCACGCUCUCUCUGAAGGGCCGAAGGCUACCUGCCCGUGCCUCCUGUGUGCGCCGUCUCCCCCGAGCUCGGCGUUCGAACGAGACCGGGAGCUUGCGGGCUUCGCGCACGUUGCACACGAGCUUAGCUUGGUUCUCCGGCCGGCCGGGUUUGCUUCUUUGGCCGCGCGCCGCGCGCCGAGAGUGACAUGACGACGAGCCAGGACGUGGUUGUUUCGGAGAUGGGCAUUGGGGCGGGCGGGGCCGCCAUGCCGGGCUCCGGCGGCGCGGGCCUCUUCGCGUGCCGCAGCGCCGCCAGCGCCGGGGCCAUGUCCAUGCGGCAGACGUACCUCGACCUCGCCGCCGCAGCCGCGCGCUCCGCCAACUGCACGUGGGCCGAGCUCGAGGUCAUGCGCGCUGCCUCGCCCACCCGCUCCCGCCCCGGCGCCGACGUCGACGAUCUCACGGCCUGGAUGAGGAAGCACCCGUCGGCACUAGCCAAGUUCGAGCAAAUCGCCAGCGCGUCCAAGGGCAAGAAGAUCGUCAUGUUCUUGGACUACGACGGCACCCUCUCCCCCAUCGUCGCCAACCCCGACGCCGCCUACAUGAGCGACGCGAUGAGGGAGGCGGUGCGCGACGUUGCCAAGCACUUCCCGACGGCGAUCGUGAGCGGGCGGUGCCGCGAGAAGGUGCACAACUUCGUCGGCCUCUCCGAGCUGUACUACGCCGGCAGCCACGGCAUGGACAUCAAGGGGCCAAGCUCCAAUCCUGAGUCUGUCGUGUGCCAACCUGCAAGAGAGUUCCUCCCCGUGAUCGAGGAGGUGUACAAGGUGCUCGUGGAAAAGACGAAGUCCACACCUGGAGCCAAGGUGGAGAACAACAAGUUCUGCCUGUCCGUCCACUUCAGAUGUGUGGAUGAAAAGAGAUGGAACUUCUUGGCUGAGCAAGUCAAGGCCGUGAUGAAGGACUACCCCAUGCUGAAGCUCACUCAAGGGAGGAAGGUCUUCGAGCUCCGGCCCAGCAUUAUGUGGGACAAGGGCAAGGCUCUGGAGUUCCUGCUUGAAUCGCUAGGAUUCGCCAGCUGCAGCGACGUCCUGCCGGUGUACAUCGGCGACGACCGCACCGACGAGGACGCCUUCAAGGUGCUGCGGAAGAGGGGCCAAGGCGUGGGCAUCCUGGUGUCCAAGUCCGCCAAGGAGACCAGCGCGUCCUACUCGCUGCAGGACCCGGCGGAGGUCAUGGAGUUCCUGCUCCGGCUCGUGGAGUGGAAGCGGAGGUCGGCGACGCCGCCCAUGGUCAGGCCGCGGGUGUAACCACACCCCCGCCGGCACCCCACCAGCUAUAGCCUAGUCGUAGUAGCACAGAUCCAAGACGCCGGUCGGGUCGACCACCGGUCAAUCAAAGCUCGUCGCCAUCCGUGUCCCGUCGUGCCAACACCACGUACCCCACCCCCACCCCCACCCCCACCCCGCCAAGUUUUCUCUGAUGAUUCUGUGGUGGCCUCCGGAGCGGACCCUGCGGUGGUUACGUGCAUGUUCUUCGGUCGAGCCCCCUUGGAAAACGAUCGGAGGCCACGCAGCUCGCUUGCUCCCGAUCUGUGCACGCCUGUGUGCUGGGAGCUGCAGCAGCAUAUUCACCCCAGUGACCCGGCCGACCGGCCGUGUCUAGCUAGCUACUCCCCCGGCCGGCCUGCAAUGUGCUACUACCACUACCACUGCUGGUCGAUCUACUAGUACUCUACUACUACUACGUACUACUCCCUUGUUGUUUUUUGUCCCACGGGCUCGGAAGGCACAUGCAAAGCUACCUGCCGUUCCCAGCCCUUAACGAGAAAGAAGGUUCUUCGUAUUAUUAUUCACCCAUGUAACUAGCUAGGGUCCAUCAUCCACCUCGCCCGCCCUCUGUUCAGUGUGUUAAUUGUCUCUGUAAAAUGCAGUAAUUGAAUCAGUUAACGAUGAUUGUUUCGUGGAUCA